AUGAAUAUGGACGCUGCCGAGGAGAUCAAGUUCGUAGUGCAACGUAAUUUCUUAAAGUUAAAUUGAAUAAUUCUGUGAAAUUUCCAGCCGAAUACACGAAAACGCAAGUUAUGGGCUACAUAGCGGCGGGAAAUUUUCAAAGCAAGGUAUUUCGAAAUAUCGUAGUUUGUUCGAGAAUCCUAGCUGUGGUGUUUAAAAGAGCAUGGCUUAUUUCGAAAAAAGUCUCGAGACGAAGAGCUGUUUUUUUUGUUCGUCUGACAUUUUUGCUCCUUUGAAAACACUAAAAAAAGGAUUUUUUUGAAAGGAACUAUUAAGAAAAAUUAAUAAUAUUUUUUUCAGCAAAGCGAGAGUUUGGAUACGCUUUUUUUCAUAUCAGUGAUAAGGAAGGCAACGAUUUGAUGCAUGUACAGUGUUGCCGUUGCAACAAGCUCCUUUCAACGAAAACCAGAGGCGGACAGUUGAAGUAAAGUCCGUUCCGCGCAAGCUUGUCACAAUUUUCCAUUCCCUACAGAACCUUCCCUUCAAUGCGCGCAGCUUGUCUAUGUGCAUGUGCCUUUAAUAAAGCUGAGAAGUUUAUCUGAUUUAAAGGCGCAUGCCCCCAGAAGGGUCGCGCGCAUUGAAAGGAAGGGUACUGUAGUUUGGAAGAAAGUAAUGUGACAAGUUGCCGUGACUUAAAUCAAUGAUUGAAAUGCGGCCGUGUGAAAGACAGCGAUGAACGGUUUUUCAAAAUAUUUCUCAUUAUCUAAAAUCUACCCAAUUCUGGUCAUUUUUUGUAUUGCAAAAAGUGGAAAAAAAAUUUUCUAAAAAAAUCGAUUAUUCGAAACAAUUUCCAGGCGCCACGUGAUGAUCACCUGCCCUUCCAGAAAAAUCCGCCCUUAUCCUCGACCUGGUUCUUCGACUCCUCCUACUUUUGUUUCAGUGCAAUCCGUCACUCCACCACAGAGAAUUGGUAAGAAAACGGAGCAGAAUUGUUAAAGGCGCAGGGAGAAGCUCGAAAUCUUUUUUGAGACGACACAGUGAAACUUUAUAUAGUCGAUUCACGGCUGGCUUGAGACGUUAAGAGGGCGUAGCCUGUCUGCGCUCUCCACGAGCAGGGCACUGUCUCGUGCAUUAUCGUGUCAGGACCCUUUUUCCGAUGACUUAAGCCAGCCGUAAAUCAGCUACAUAGCGCUUGGUUUAAACGUUUCUAUGCCUUGGAAAUCGCAGAAAAAUACAUCAAAUCAACUAACAUUUUUCCUAAAAUUAAAUUCGAAUCAAUUGAAAUUCACACGAAAUUCCUAGCUAGGUCGUUUAAAGGAACAUCAACAGCCUAAUAUGAAAAAAAUAUUCAGAAAAAUACGAGUUCAAUCUCAUCUGAAUCACAAAAGACAUGAAAAUUCAAACUUCAAAAAGGUCCCGAAGCGAAAAGUCUCUUCCAGUGUGUCAUAAGCUUCUUUAAACGACCCAGGCAGACUAUUGAAAUAUAAAAAAACGUCUUGAAGUGUAUUUUUCUCAAAUUUUGAAAAAAAUUAUCUUCUUGUUUUAAAAAAAUAUGUUUUUUUCAGACUAUUCGAUGAUGCGUCAGGCCAUUUUCCAAUACAUCAUCGUCUCUGGAACACCGUUCGAACACGCGAAUUCUGACGUGUUCCGAAAACUCAUUUUGAACACGGGCAGAGCUUGGUGAGUUUCUAAAAAAACAUGGAAUAUUCAAAAAUUCGAAUCACUGCUAUGAAAAUUUUUGAAAAUCAAUACCACAUGUAGUCAUUUUCCGUAAUUUCGACACCUCUAAAAUUCCAAAAAAACUGGCUGUGAAACAUAUUUUUAAAAUAAGAACUGCCUUUAAAUUAUGAGUUCAAAAUUCAUUCAAAACCGUUUUCUGUCCGCCUAAGACUGCAAAAAGAGUUUUCAAAACUCCGGAAGAAUAAAAAGUUAAACCACAGAACUACUCGGACACGCGAAACGGACGUGCUCCGGACGUUUCUGAACAACUCUAGGGAUCACUUAAGAGCGCUGAGGCCCCUAAAGUAGUCACUAGAAAUGCCCCGACACGUCCGAUUCGCGUCCCGUUCGCGUUACCAAGGUCCGAGUAGCUAGAAAAAAGCUCUGGCUACGCUCCAAUGAUAAUCUUCCAAAUAUACCUGAUUCACGGCUAGCUUGGGACGUUAAAGGGCGUGGCUUGUCUGCGCUCUCCACCAGUCAGGCACUAUCUCGUGCAUUAUUGUUUCAGGACCUUUUUUUCGAUUUUUCAAGCCAGCCGUGAAUCAUCUGUACCCCUAUCAGCAUAAUAGGAAAUUAAUUUUCAGUGGAGUCGCGCUUGACGAAAGGGAUCUUCCCACGGCUGAAUCCAUGGCUCAAGACAUUCGAAAGACUAUCGCCGCCAUGAGUAUUUCCGAUUCUCCAUAA